AUGGCGUGGGACAACAGCACAGUGCAGCUUCUGGGCUUGCCGCCCACCACCUGCGUCUACCAGGAAGACUUCAAGCGGCUGCUGCUGCCACUGGUGUACUCAGCAGUGCUGGCCGCAGGCCUGCCGCUGAACGCGUGCGUGAUCGCCCAGAUCUGCAUGUCCCGCAGGGCGCUGACCCGCACAGCCGUGUACACCCUCAACCUGGCCCUGGCCGACUUGUUCUACGCCUGCUCCCUGCCCCUGCUCAUCUACAACUACGCCCAAGGUGAUCAUUGGCCCUUCGGCGACCUGGCCUGCCGCCUCGUGCGUUUCCUCUUCUAUGCCAACCUGCACGGCAGCAUCCUCUUCCUCACUUGCAUCAGUUUCCAGCGCUACCUGGGCAUUUGCCACCCCCUGGCCCCCUGGCACAAGCGCGGGGGCCGCCGGGCUGCCUGGCUGGUGUGUGGCGCUGUAUGGUUGGUCGUGACGGCCCAGUGCCUGCCCACUGCCGUCUUUGCUGCCACGGGCAUCCAGCGGAACCGUACUGUCUGCUACGACCUGAGCCCACCCAUCCUGGCCACCCACUACCUGCCCUAUGGCAUGGCCCUCACGGUCAUCGGCUUCCUACUGCCCUUUGCCGCCCUGCUGGCCUGCUACUGUCGCCUGGCCCACCGCCUGUGCCGCCAGGAUGACCCCACGGGGCCCGUGGCCCAGGAGCGAAGAAGCAAGGCGGCCCGAAUGGCCAUGGUGGUGGCAGCUGUCUUUGUCAUCAGCUUCUUGCCUUUCCAUGUCACCAAGACAGCCUACCUGGCGGUGCGCUCCACACCGAGCAUGCCCUGCCCUGUGCUGGAGGCCUUCGCUGCCGCUUACAAGGCCACACGGCCCUUGGCCAGCGCCAAUAGCGUGCUAGAUCCCAUCCUCUUCUACUUCACCCAGAAGAAGUUUCGCCAGCGGCCAAAGGAGCUAAUCCAGAAGCUCACAGCUGAGUGGCAGAGGCAUGGCCGUGGCGUCCACUAA